AUGUUUAUUGAUUCAAUAGUUGUUAAUAAAAUGUUAAAUGAAGAUAUAUCAAUAAUUGAUUCAUUAAAUUAUCGUCGAAUAAGUUGUACAUUAUAUCGUCAUCAUAAAAUAAUUCCAACACGAUGGUCAUUUAUAUUUAUGGAAAUUUCAUUAUCAAUAAUAUAUCUUAGUUUCUUUAUUAUCACUAAUUCAAUUAUUCAAGAAAAUAAUAAAAAAGAAAAUUUAUUUUUGUUUAAAGUUUUAUGGAAAAUGUCACUAAAUGGAUGGAUUAUAUUUGAAUAUGUAUCAUAUAAAACUUUAUUAUUCGUAUUUAUAAUAUUAAAUAUUCGAUUAAUAUCAUAUUCAAUAUUAAUGGGACAAUUAUUUAAUUCAUUUACUCGUUUAUUUAUAUUAAAAAUAAUAUUGUGGAUAAUUCUAUUAAUAAGAUUUAAUGAAAAUCUCUCAUAUAAAUAUGAAAUAAUAUUAUGUAUUAAUCCAUAUAAUUCAUUAAUUUAUAUUCUUCGUUAUUUAUUUCAAUAUGAAAGAACAAUGAUUUAUGUUAAUUUAAAUAAAAAACUGUAUCAAUCAACAACUUUUUUAUCAAUGAUUUAUUUUAUUAUUAUUAUAUUUAGUCAUAUAUAUUGGAUACUUAUUUGGUAUUUUGAGAAAAUUUAUCCUGGUCACUUUUUUUGUCUUUAUUGA